AUGCGCAGAUUAAAUCAACUUGGUAUGCCUACCCUUCACCCCACCCCGUGCAAUCUCUUCCUGCAAUUGGAGCUCGAGACGGUAUAUCAGUCAGCCACAACUGAGUCAACUACACGGGAAUUCGUGGUGUACGGCUGGGCCGUUCUGUGCGUUGCUGGUGGAGGCGCAUACUACUUCGCAAAGAAAUCCAUAAAUGCCGACCGAGCUGCUCGCUACGAGGCCGAGCAACGAAAGCAGUCUCGUUUCCGGCGCCUGGAAGCUGCUGAAUACAACGAACCUUCAGCGACGAAGUCGAAAGCCAAAGCCAAAUCACAAACAAAUUCUUCGAAAGAUUUCGAUCAUGUGGGAAGCCCAAGCAGUGAAAUAAGCGAAGAUGUGGCACCCGUGGGCCACGCACCUGUCGAUCAAGAGCAAAGAGUACGUGAGAAGAGCAAAUAUGAAGCAGCCGAACCAUUCAAAAGUAAAAAAGGAGACCGGUUGAGUUGA